AUGGAGCAGCUCAGGGGCCUGUGUUUCUUGGCUGUUGUGCUGGCAGCCCUGGGGGGAUGCCAGGGCUCGGAGCAGGACGCGCAGUGUCCCGGGGCGCUGGCGGUGCAGAAGCGCAUCGACUGCCACCCCCAGCCCGGCGCUUCCCAGGAGAGCUGCGAGGCGCGGGGCUGCCGCUGGUGCCCCACGGAUGUGCCCAACGCUCCCUGGUGCUUCUUCACUGAGGACAGUCCCUACGGCUACUCCCUGGGCAGGAAUGUAGAGAAGACAGCCACAGGCUGGAGGGUGGAACUGAACAAGCGUGACACUCUGUCCCUCUUUGGAAAUGACAUUUCCCCAGUCAUGUUGGAAGUGGAGUUCCAGACAAAGGACAGACUCCGGUUCAGGCUCUACGACCCCAACAGCAAGCGGUUUGAAGUCCCACUCAAGAUCGACUCCCCUGGGGUUACUGCUGAGGAAGCCAACUACGACGUGGAGUUCUCGGAGGACUCCUCACACUUCACCAUCAAGAGGAAAAGCACCGGCACUGUGCUGUGGGACAGUCCCCUGGUUGAUCUGUUUUUCUCCAACCAGUAUCUUCAGAUCACAACUACAGUGCCAUCCACUUCGGUGUACGGGUUUGGUGAACAGGAGCACCUGUCCUUCAAACACAACAUGGACUUUGUUACCUAUGGCAUGUUCAGCAGGGAUCAGGCACCAGUGCCUUUUGCCAACCUCUAUGGAGUUCACCCUUUCUAUAUGUGUGUAGAAGAUGACUCCAAUGCCCAUGGUGUUCUCCUUCUGAACUCCAAUGCACAAGAUGUUACUCUGAGUCCAAAUCCAUCUUUAACUUUCCGCACUAUUGGAGGGGUCCUUGACUUCUACAUCUUCCUUGGACCAACUCCCGAAAAUGUAGUUCAGCAAUACACAGAGGCCAUUGGACGCCCACACAUGCCUGCCUACUGGUCUCUGGGAUUUCAUCUCUCCCGAUGGGGUUAUGGCAGCAUUGAUGUUUUAAAGGAAACCGUUGAUCGCAUGCACCGCUACAACAUCCCAUAUGAUGUCCAACAUCUUGACAUUGACUACAUGGAUCGUCGCCUGGACUUUACCUAUGACAAAGUGAAUUAUGCAGGUCUGCCAGAGUACAUCCAACAGCUGAAGAAGGAAGGAAUGCACGAUGUCAUUAUUCUGUUUCAGGACCCUUUCAUAAGUAAGGAUGAAGAACCAGGCACUUACAGACCUUAUGAUCUUGGCCAGGAAAUGGGAGUCUGGGUGAACAACUCUGAUGGUGUAACUCCUGCUGUUGGAAAGGCCUGGCCCCCCGGAGACUCUGUGUUUCCUGACUACACGAACCCCAGGACAGUGGAGUGGUGGACCCAGAUGUGUUUGGAGUUUAAGGAUGUCCUUGACUACGAUGGGAUCUGGAUUGAUAUGAAUGAACCAUCCAAUUUCUUAAGAGGCCAGUAUCCUGGAUGUGCUGUUAAUGAUAUAAAUGACCCUCCUUAUGUUCCUAAGAUUAGUGAUGGUUCCCUGUCACAAAAGACACUGUGUCCUGAUUCCAAGACUUACCUUGGAGAGCACUACAACACCCACUCUCUCUUCGGCUGGUCACAGACAGCACCAACUUUCAAUGUUGUCCAGCAGGCAACUGGAAAGCGAGCGUUUGUCUUGAGUCGGUCUACAUUCGUUGGCAGUGGGAAGCACGGAGGUCACUGGCUGGGUGACAACUUCUCCCAGUGGAAGGACAUGCGCCUGUCAAUCAUUGGAGUCCUGGAAUUCAACCUCUUUGGCAUUCCCUAUAUUGGUGCUGAUAUCUGUGGGUUCAACUAUAACACCACCUAUGAACUCUGCUUGCGCUGGAUGCAGCUGGGCUCUUUCUAUCCAUUUUCCAGAAACCACAAUGCAGAGGGAAAUAUGGAACAAGACCCAGCAGUGUUUGGAGAUGAGUUUGCCAAGAUAGCUCGUGCUACACUUCGGAUCAGAUACUCACUGCUUCCAUACUUGUACACCUUGUUCUACGAGUCUCAUGUUCAUGGAAACACGGUGGCGCGGUCACUGAUGCACGAAUUUACCUCUGAUAAGCAGACUCAUGGAAUAGAUACUGCCUUCCUUUGGGGACCUGCUUUUAUGAUUGCUCCUGUUCUUGAAGAGGGAGCAAGAACUGUGGAUGUAUACUUCCCUGAAGCAGAGUGGUUUGACUACUACACCGGUCAUAAAAUCCCAAGUGUCUGGAAAAAUCAGUAUGUUACUGUGGCUGCCCCAUUGAGCAAGAUCCCUCUGUACAUCCGUGGAGGCUACAUCCUGCCAGAACAGGCUCCAGCCACAACAACUACUAAGAGCCGUCUGAACCCAUUUGGGCUCAUUAUUGCCCUGGAUGAACAAGGAGAAGCUUCUGGAUCUCUGUUCUGGGAUGAUGGUGAUUCAAUCGAUACUAUUGAAAAGGAGAACUACUUCCUGGCUAAAUAUACAUUCAGCAAAGGAAACCUGAAGACAGAAAUAGUUAAAGAUGGCUACAGAGGGGCUGACACUCUGAAGUACAACAAAAUUACAAUUCUCGGCCUGAAACUGAGACCUCAUGCUGUUGCUCUGAAUGGAAGAGCCCUCCGUGGAGAAGCUUUCUCUUUCGAACUGAGCGGGAAACUCACUUUAUGGAUUUCUGCCCCACUUACUCAGGAACUCAACAUUAAGAUUUACUAGAAUGGUCUGAAAACACUGCCAAAUUAUCAUCCUUG